AUGAUGGAUGUGAUGACCCAAAUGAAACCGGGUUUAGUUGUAAUCAUGACACUAGGAGGAGAAGGGGCGUUCAUUGGUAGAGGAACCGAAAGGAAACGAGUUUCCUGUCCGAAGGUGGAGGUAGUGGAUACUGUGGGUGCUGGAGAUUGCUUUGUUGGGACGUUUGCAUACCAGCUGGGGCACUUGCUUGAGAAGAAGACGUUUGCAGAGUGCUCGAUGGACGAACUGGCUGAAAUGGUUCGCGCUGGAUGUGCAGCAAGCUCGUAUAGUGUUCAGUUUAGGGGAGGAUGCGAAAAGUAUCCUGAGAAACUCAUGUGUUGUGUUUGUUGCCACACAAGAAACACUGAUAUUUGUAUAUUGGAUCAAGUACCCUACAAAAGAGUAUCAACAAUAUCCUGA